CGUUCGUUGAAAAGAACCGAAGGAAGUUGGGCUAUUCUCUAUUAGCAAUAUUGUGUUGUAUUUCUUCCUAGUUACGGCUCCGUAACUUUGUACUUGGAUUAUGUAGAACACUGGAUAAGGUGCGCAUUUUCGCAUUGGUUCGAUGAGUGGUUUAGCCACAAAAGAGAUCGUUAGCUCCUGGUAGUAAGUGACAUCUUCGCAAAUGGAUAAAUUUGAAAAAUUGGGAAAGAUCGGCGAGGGAUCAUAUGGCGUUGUGUUUAAAUGCAGAAAUAAAGAAACAGGGGAAAUUGUUGCCAUCAAGAAGUUUGUGGAAUCGGAAGACGAUCCGCUGAUAAAGAAGAUUGCAAUGAGGGAAGUUCGCAUGUUGAAGACACUUAAACACCACAAUCUAGUAAACCUGCGGGAUGUUUUCAGAAGAAAACACAAGAUUCAUAUGGUGUUUGAAUAUUGUGAUCACACAGUUCUAAAUGAGUUAGAAGCUCAUCCAAGAGGUGUUGAUGAAAAGCUUGUCAAAAGGAUCACUUAUCAGACACUUCAAGCUGUCAGCUUUUGUCAUUCACACAAUUGUAUUCACAGAGAUGUUAAACCAGAAAAUAUUCUCAUAACAAAAGAUGGGGUUAUAAAGCUGUGUGACUUUGGAUUUGCCAGAAUGUUAACUAAAAAUGAUGAAUAUACUGACUAUGUUGCUACACGUUGGUACCGUGCUCCAGAGCUUCUGGUUGGUGAUGUUUAUUACAGCUUUCCAGUGGAUGUGUGGGCUAUUGGAUGUGUGUUUGCAGAGCUCAUUACCGGUCAGCCAUUAUGGCCUGGGAGAUCUGAUCUAGAUCAGUUGUACUUGAUCAGAAAGACACUAGGUGAUCUAACCGAGAAUCAAAAGAAGAUUUUCAAAGCAAAUCAGUUUUAUCGUGGAUUAGCUAUUCCAGAACCUCAAGAAACGGAUCCUUUAGAGUCUAAAUUCAAACAACCUCAAGCUUUGAGUUUUAUGAAGUGUUGUUUUGCAAUGGAACCGAGCGUCAGAUAUUCCUGCGACCAACUCCAGAAGCACGAAUAUUUCAACGAUUACGAACCAAUGAAGGCGCCUCCUCCGGUCAAAACGAGAAAAACGCGGCCUCGAAAUAAACCUCAGCUGGAAAAUGACCCGCCAUCACAUCACUUACCCCAACUCGCUACUGACUCGCCCGCGCCAGACAGAACAGACAAAGGCAAAGACAAAACGAAACUGAGCAAGUUGGACCACCUUCCUUCCAUCUAGCCAUCACAUUUUUUAACAGUAAUAUCAAUUAUUAUUAAUGAUAAUAAAUAGUAAUGUAUUCAUAGUGUAUGUGUAGCAUACACUCAGGGUUUUUCGGGGCGUUUUUUUAGUGGGGGAGGAGGGGGAAUGUAUCAAUGCAUAUGUUCCCCUUUGUGAACAAAAUAAAGGGGAG